UUCUAGAAACAACAAACCCACCUGAACAGUCAAAGAGUACAGUGAGUUAUCACCACGAUUCGUGUUUGGUCGAAUUUAGUAGGGUUGUUGGUUUGUAUUUUAUUUUCAAAUCGGGUAAUUUCGUCCAACGUACUUAUUAGCUAUCGCUAAUAUAUAAGUCAAAAUGCCUACUAAAGACCCAGAACAAUUUGAUGGCGUUUUGCUGGCUAUGGCUCAGCAGCAUGAGGGAGUUUCUGAGCUAUUAGACACAAUAUUCAGUUUUCUGGCUCGAAAGACAGACUUCUACACUGGUGCUGGGGAAAGUGCUGCUGAAAAUAUGGUUAUGAGCAAAUUUAAGAAACACCAGUCUCAAGCUGUAGAAGCCCUUGCAAAAAAGAAAAGGGAAAGCGAAGAAGCAGAUAGAAAAAGGAAAGAAAAAAUAGCUAAAGCCAAAGAAGAAGAGCAAAAUCUUGGCAAGCAGAAACAAGAAUCUAAAAUUGUUGAAUUGACUGAUGAACAAGCAGCCCAGCUCCAAAAGGAGUUGGAUGCAGAGAAACAAAAACAAGAACAAGGAGAUCCCCAGCCAGAUCCAGCUGAAACCAACAAAAGUGGAGACUCAAAGCCAGAAGAUGAUGAAGAAGAAGAUGAGAAGGAGAAAGGGAAAAUUAAACCUAACAGUGGCAAUGGAUGUGACUUGCCCAACUACCGAUGGAUUCAGACUCUGUCUGAGAUUGAGCUAAGGGUGCCAUUGCAGGUCAACUUCACUGUCCGUUCAAAGGAUGUAGUGGUCAAUAUCCAGAAGCACCAUCUGACUGUAGGACUGAAGGGAAAACCUCCCAUCAUAGAUGGACAGUUGGAGCAUGAGGUCAAGGUUGAAGAAUCCACCUGGGUCCUAGAGGAUGGCAAAGCACUCCUCAUCACUAUUGAAAAGAUUAACAAGAUGGAAUGGUGGUCAAAACUGGUGACAACAGAUCCUGAAAUCUCAACAAAGAAGAUAAACCCGGAGCCUAGCAAGCUGUCGGACCUGGACGGUGAGACUCGAGGUCUUGUAGAGAAGAUGAUGUAUGAUCAACGACAGCGAGAGCUCGGCAUGCCCACCUCUGAUGAUCAGAAGAAGCAGGGUUUGAUUCAGAAGUUUAUGGCACAGCAUCCAGAAAUGGACUUCUCCAAGUGCAAAUUCGGCUAAGAAUUAAUAUGAUAUUGAUGUGAUAUUUGUAAACUGAUAUUUUAAAGUUUUUUGCACUGGCUGUGCGACUUAAGUCGUUUUACUAUUGUAUAAUUCAGUCAAUUUAUUGAUUUGUCAUCUACUAAUGUUUUUCAUUGUAUAUUUUCCUCCUUGUGCCUACCACAGUGUAUUAUACGAGUAUUCCUUUUGUAUACUGUACUUUUCAUUUGAUACUAAUAAGUUAUAAGGAAAGUAAAUAAAGACAAUAUAAUUUUAA